CGAAUUGCGGAAGUGACUUUAGCCAGUAACAGCGGGCGCAGGUUCAUACAGUAACAGAAAAAGAUAUUCAUUCGUGGAGACACGGAUCUUUGAGGUCAACAUCACACGUCUUUGAACCGAAUCUCGGCUACCGUCUCUCAAUCCACCGGAGCACGACAUGCUGCAGCUGGGCGAUGACAUCUCGCUCUACUCUGUCGUAUUCGUGGUGGUCCUGCUGGCCACUCGCAGCCCGGUGUGGUCCGGCGUCCUUACUGGCUGCCUCUACCUCUUCCUGGCCAUGUUCCGCUUCCCACAGCUGCCAACCGGCCGAUCCCGACAAGUGCUUCAUCCGGCCGGAUUCGAGAAUGUGUCCGUGGUGGCUCACCGGGGAGGCGGACACGAUGCCCCGGAAAACACGAUAGCGGCCAUCCGACUGGCGAGCAAGAAUGGGGCCUCUGGAGUGGAACUCGACCUGGAGUUCUCUGCAGACGGGGUCCCAAUCCUGAUGCAUGACGAGACCGUGGAUCGGACCACAAAUGGAUCAGGCACCCUUAGACAAUUAAGAUUUGCGGACUUGGCUAAACUUGACGCAUCUGCUAAACAUCGACUCAGGGCCAAGUAUGCUGGUGAGAAGAUCCCAACGCUGGAGCAGGCGGUGGAGGAAUGCAUCAAAUUGAAGCUCACCAUAUACUUUGAUGUGAAAGGCCAUCCAGACGAGGCAGCUGCAGCGCUCUCAGCUCUUUACAACAAGCAUCCAAUCCUGUACAACAGCAGCAUUGUCUGUUCUUUCGAACCCAAGGUCAUCUACAAGAUGAGGCAGACUGACCCUCAGGUGAUCACUGCAUUGACCCACAGGCCCUGGAGCUUGAGCCGCUUUGGCGAUGGCUCCCCACGUUACCUGUCACCAUGGAAACACCACUGGCUGACAUUAAUGGAUAUUGUGCUGGACUGGGCCCACCAUCACUUGCUGUGGAAGCUUUGUGGCAUUUCCGCCUUCCUGGUGCAAAAGAACUUUGUCUCGCAGGACUAUGUGCAGUACUGGAGCCAGAGAGGGGUGGAGGUGGUCGCCUGGACCAUAAACAACGGCGUGGAGAAGCAACACUACCAGGAGCUUCUGAAAGUCAGUUACAUCACAGAUAGCCUUGUGGAGGACUGUGACCCGCACUACUGACACUCCCUACAUGCACUCACAGAAAAACUCCAAACUCCUUGGUGCCAUUUUCUAGUACGUACACGUCUAUAUGUAUACUUUGACUAGACUACUCACAGAAAGUUACAAAUACAAUAUUGGAAUGAACCUAAAAUACACCCAAUAUAACCUAUAUGGGUGAACUUCUGUAAACUUUUGACUGCACAUGUCAGGCUGUUAUCCUGGUCUCAAUGUCAAAAUGUAAACAGCAUGGUGAAAACAACACUUUCACUGCCAAUUUCAUUUGAACCAAGAAAUGUAUUGGUCGAUUUAUGGAUCAUUCAUCUGUAAUGAAUUUGCCAUUCAGCUCCUUUUUAGCGCGAGUAGUGAAAAAAAAAAAAAAAACACUGAACAGUUGGACAUGCCCUUUCAGAAGUUUACACAAAGUCAAAAUAAGGGAAGUUUAUGGUGUAUUUUAGGUUCAUCCUGAAAUUUCACUCAAGCGCCGAAUAGCCGUAACUUUUUGUAGGUAUCGUAUGACCAUUUGAAGGUCAUCCCAACCAAACUGGGUGACAUUGUGUGCCAUGAGGUUCCAGUCAGAGGCCCGUGAAGGUCAUUCAAGUCACACUCCCUCCUGAUGGCAACUAUUUCUCCCACUUGGCCAGCAGCAGCAAUAAAGGCGGCUAAAUAUCUGCAAUGAAACAGCUUGUCAGAUCGCAUGAAAAACACUGAGGUUUUAUUCAGAUGGUUGGAAUUUGUAGAUUCUUGAUAUACACAGUGUGAAUACAUUUUCCAUUGUUUACAUGUGAGUUUAAUAUGCACGUCACCUUAAGACGUUGCUUCUAAUCAAAUCAAUCAUGCAGCUACACAGUCAACCAUUUUGAUGUUACACUGGGACUCCAGCUCUUGGCCAGUGGACUCAGGUGAGCGACCCAUAUAGUAAGAGAUGAGCAGACGGAGUGGUGAUAUCAGUCUGGAUAAGCCUGUCUGAGCAGCUUCUUGAUCAUGGUGCUCUUGAGGAUCAACCCCCAGAUGACCCUUGAGUUAAUCUUCAAGAGGAAAGUUAAUGUGCUUUAUAUGAAAAUUACGAUGUAUGACAAAUGAUUGCAUGUAUAUAAAUAAAUGGUAUAAUAUC